AGUCGUCACACCUGUCGUGUUCUCUGUCCUCACACAGAUCCACCUGCUCCUCUAACAGCAGGAGAAACGCUCACAUUAUUAUAUAACAGAGGAAUCAGAUGAGAUUCGUUCAGAAGAGUUGAUCUCUGUGGUUCAGGAUCAGCCGAGGUUCUUCUGCUGAGCUGCUGGAGCAUGGCUGAGAGUCCACAGGAGCAGAGCCCAGGGGUGUUGAGUCGCAUCGGGAGCUGGCUGUCCUGGGGUUGGGGCAGAAAUGACCCCACCUCCCAAACACAACAAGAAGAGGACCACAGAGAAACCAGAGCAGACGAGACAGACAGUCCCUCACGAGGCGAGACGAGCCCAGCCCUCGAGCGGAAUGCCAAACAUCUGAGACUCCAACGCAGUCCGUCGAUUGAGAGGAGAAGGUCACCUGAUCUCUGUGACCAAAUGGGCCGGAGGAGAUCUAGCAGGAAGAGGCGGAGCUCCCACGGAGAUGGGGGCGGGGCUAAAUCCCCAACCAGUCCUCAACCUGAAAGCCCUGAAGCAACCAGUUUGACCGGCGGCCCGCGGAUGACAUGCGCCGACUCAGCUUUUGAGGAGACGCCAGACAGCCUUCCUGAAACCCCUGGAGCAGAAGCGCCAAACUCAGGGAACCGUGAAGAUGUCUCCCAAACACACCUGAGCGAAGACGCAGAUGUGGAUUCACUCGCCCGAGCAGCGCUGGUUUAUACAGAUAUGGAUGAGGAACGUGUGGUGAGGCUGACGGAGAGCGCCGAAUCCAAGCGCAGGAGCAUCAAGGUGUCUCACAGCGAGGUGGUCUUCCCUAAAAAGCUCUUGGUCGCCUCGGAGGAACAGAGGGAAGACCAAAAUAUGACUCGUAAAGACACCGAACGGCUGAGAUCUGAUGGAAGAGCCAGAUAUCCAGAGGACAGAGCGGAUGGCACCAAUGUGAAGUCCAAAGGCCGAAUCGCAGACAAGAUCAGUCUGUUUGAGAGAGGAGACACCAAUGCAGUCAGCAGCUCCACAAACCUGCGUCACCUGGAUAUUUCUCCAGCUCGAAAUGUGGCCAGUCGUCUUUUCACAGAACGUGCCGGAGCCCGGUCCAGUUCUGCACCUCCAAACCAGACGGUUAAAGAGAGGGCGAUGAAUUUUAAUGCAGGACGGAAGGGGGGAGAUAAUCUGACUUUGCCGUCUGGUCAUACGCUGAGCGAAGGACAUUCAAAAAUGGCUGAAAUAUCGCAAUCUGAACGUUUUGAAAAAUCUACAGCAAAGACAGAUACCAGCGGAGAGCCAAAGGUUAAAUCCAAACCUCAUUUAAACAUAGAUCAAACAGACUCCAAAUCCCACAAUGCAACACAAAGCACAAGUGACUCAAACAUUGGGAAUAAAGAGCUGGAUUCUCCGCCAAUGGUUUCAUCACCUACUGAUGAGACACCAGAGGAUAUAUCAAAGAAGUCUGAUGCAAACUCCCUGCUGGAUCGGGAGCCUCCUGAAGGUGCUCGCAUUAUGAUCUACAGCCUGGUUACUAAAGGCAACCUUUUGGCUUUCAGGCUUAAAACUCUCACAAGCGAUGAUGUAAUGAGGGUGACACAGAGAUAUAUGGUCAAGCUAAAUGGGUCCUGUAUUAAAAUCAAAUGA